CGCAGAGCAGUUAUGGCGGAUCCCGCAGCCCCCGCGCCCGCGCAGGCCCCAGCCCCAGCCCCGGAGGCGGCCCCGGCCGCAGCCGCGGCCCCCGGGCCGGGCUCGACCUCCGGGCCCUCCUCAGACUCCGGCCCCGAAGCCGGCUCGCAGCGGCUGCUGUUCUCUCACGACCUGGUGUCGGGCCGCUACCGCGGCUCGGUGCACUUCGGGCUGGUGCGCCUCAUCCACGGCGAGGACUCGGACUCCGAGGGCGAGGAGGAUGGCCGCGGCAGCUCGGGCUGCUCGGAGGCGGGCGGCGCCGGCCACGAGGAGGGCCGGGCCAGCCCGCUGCGCCGCGGCUACGUGCGCGUGCAGUGGUACCCGGAGGGCGUCAAGCAGCACGUGAAGGAGACCAAGCUGAAACUGGAGGACCGCUCCGUCGUGCCCAGGGACGUGGUCAGGCACAUGCGAUCCACCGACAGUCAGUGUGGCACCGUGAUAGACGUCAACAUUGACUGCGCCGUCAAGCUCAUCGGCACCAACUGCAUCAUCUAUCCGGUCAACAGCAAGGACCUGCAGCACAUCUGGCCUUUCAUGUACGGGGACUACAUUGCCUACGACUGCUGGCUGGGGAAGGUGUAUGACCUGAAGAACCAGAUCAUCCUGAAGCUCUCCAAUGGCGCCAGGUGCUCCAUGAACACGGAAGACGGUGCCAAGCUCUACGAUGUGUGCCCGCAUGUCAGUGACUCGGGUCUCUUCUUUGACGACUCCUACGGCUUCUACCCGGGCCAGGUGCUCAUCGGCCCCGCCAAGAUCUUCUCCAGCGUGCAGUGGCUGUCAGGGGUCAGGCCUGUGCUGAGCACCAAGAGCAAGUUCCGCGUGGUGGUGGAAGAGGUACAGGUCGUGGAGCUGAAAGUCACAUGGAUCACCAAGAGCUUCUGUCCAGGGGGCACGGACAGCGUCAGCCCCCCGCCCUCUGUCAUCACUCAGGAAAACCUAGGCAGGGUGAAGCGUCUCGGAUGCUUUGACCAUGCUCAGCGGCAGCUCGGGGAGCGCUGUCUGUACGUCUUCCCAGCCAAGGUAGAGCCGGCCAAGAUUGCCUGGGAGUGUCCGGAAAAAAACUGCGCCCAGGGGGAGGGCUCUAUGGCCAAGAAGGUAAAGCGCCUACUGAAGAAGCAGGUCGUGCGCAUCAUGUCCUGCUCCCCGGACACCCAGUGUCCCCGGGACCAUUCUGUGGAAGACCCAGACAAGAAAGGGGAGGCCAAAGCCAAGAGUGAGGCGGCGUCGGCCAGCCCUGAGGAGACCCCCGACGGGUCUGCCAGCCCGCCGGGGACGCAGGAUGAGGGCGCCGAGGAGCCGCCCGAGGCUGGCGAGCAGCUGCCCCCCUUCCUGCUGAAGGAAGGCGGGGACGACAGGCUGCACUCCGCGGAGCAGGACGCGGACGACGAGGCCGCCGACGACACGGAUGACACCAGCUCCGUGACCUCCUCCGCCAGCUCCACCACCUCCUCCCAGAGCGGCAGCGGCACCGGUCGCAAAAAGAGCAUCCCCUUGUCCAUCAAGAACCUAAAGCGAAAACACAAGAGGAAGAAGAAUAAAAUCACUCGGGACUUCAAACCGGGGGACAGGGUGGCGGUGGAGGUGGUGACCACGAUGACCUCGGCCGACGUGAUGUGGCAGGACGGCUCCGUGGAGUGCAACAUCCGCUCCAACGAUCUCUUCCCCGUGCACCACCUGGACAACAACGAGUUCUGCCCUGGAGACUUUGUGGUGGACAAGCGAGUCCAGAGCUGUCCAGACCCUGCGGUUUACGGCGUGGUGCAGUCUGGGGACCACAUUGGCCGCACCUGCAUGGUGAAGUGGUUCAAGCUGCGGCCAAGUGGGGAUGACGUGGAGCUGAUCGGGGAAGAGGAAGACGUGAGCGUUUACGACAUUGCCGACCACCCCGACUUCCGCUUCCGCACCACUGACAUCGUCAUCCGCAUUGGCAAUGCCGAGGACGGGGCUCCUCACAAGGAGGACGAGCAGCCGUCAGUGGGCCAAGUGGCCCGUGUGGACGUCAGCAGCAAGGUGGAGGUGGUGUGGGCCGACAACUCAAAGACCAUCAUCCUGCCCCAGCACCUGUACAACAUCGAGUCUGAGAUCGAAGAGUCAGACUACGACUCCGUGGAGGGCAGCACAAGUGGUGCUUCCUCGGACGAGUGGGAAGACGACAGCGACAGCUGGGAGACAGACAAUGGGCUGGUGGAAGAUGAGCACCCCAAGAUAGAGGAGCCCCCCAUCCCACCCCCCGAGCAGCCAGCAGCCCCCGAGGAGGAGAAGGGGGUGGUGAUCAGCGAAGAGGCUGCCACGGCAGCCAUCCAGGGGGCUGUGGCCAUGGCCACCCCCAUGGCAGGGCUGAUGGAGAAGGCUGGCAAGGAGGGGCCCCCCCGGAGCUUCCGGGAGUUGAAGGAGGCCAUCAAGAUCCUGGAGAGCCUCAAGAACAUGACCGUGGAGCAGCUGCUGACCGGCUCGCCCACCUCCCCCACCGUGGAGCCCGAGAAGCCCACCCGGGAGAAGAAGUUUCUGGACGACAUCAAGAAGCUACAGGAGAACCUGAAGAAGACCCUGGACAAUGUGGCCAUCGCAGAGGAAGAGAAGAUGGAGGCGAUGGCCGACGCCGAGCGCAAGGAGGACAAGCCCGAGGGGCCGCCGCCCGCGAAGGCCGAGUGGCCCAGCGAGACCCCGGUGCUGUGCCAGCAGUGCGGCGGCAAGCCCGGUGUCACCUUCACCAGCGCCAAGGGCGAGGUCUUCUCUGUGCUGGAGUUUGCGCCCUCAAAUCAUUCUUUUAAGAAAAUUGAGUUCCAGCCCCCGGAAGCCAAGAAGUUCUUCAGCACGGUGCGGAAGGAGAUGGCGCUGCUGGCUACCUCACUGCCCGACGGCAUCAUGGUCAAGACCUUUGAGGACCGAAUGGACCUCUUCUCCGCCCUCAUCAAGGGCCCCACGCGAACCCCCUAUGAGGACGGCCUCUACCUGUUUGACAUCCAGCUCCCCAACAUCUACCCGGCCGUGCCCCCCCACUUCUGCUACCUCUCCCAGUGCAGUGGGCGCUUGAACCCCAACCUGUAUGACAACGGGAAGGUGUGCGUCAGCCUCCUGGGCACCUGGAUCGGCAAGGGGACAGAGAGGUGGACGAGCAAGUCCAGCCUUCUCCAGGUGCUCAUCUCCAUCCAAGGGCUGAUCCUGGUGAACGAGCCCUACUACAACGAAGCCGGCUUUGACAGCGACCGGGGCCUGCAGGAGGGCUACGAGAACAGCCGCUGCUACAACGAGAUGGCGCUGAUCCGGGUGGUGCAGUCCAUGACCCAGCUGGUGCGGCGGCCGCCCGAGGUCUUCGAGCAGGAGAUCAGGCAGCACUUCAGCACCGGCGGCUGGCGGCUGGUGAACCGCAUUGAGUCCUGGCUGGAGACGCACGCGCUGCUGCAGAGGGCCCAGGGGCUGCCCAAUGGGGUGCCCAAGGACCGAAGCUCUCCGGAGCCGCCGGCCGUGGCUGAGCUCUCAGACUCGGGCCGAGAAGAACCUGAGGAUGGAGGGCUGGCCCCUGGAGAGGCCUCCCAGGGCUCAGACUCGGAAGGUGGCGCCCAGGGCCUGGCCCCAGCCAGCAGGGACCACACAGACCAGGCUCCCGAGACCGCGCCAGACGCAUCCGUGCCACCCAGCGUAAAACCAAAGAAGCGGAGAAAGAGCUACCGGAGCUUCCUGCCCGAGAAGAGCGGCUACCCUGACAUCGGCUUCCCCCUCUUCCCGCUGUCCAAAGGUUUCAUCAAGAGCGUCCGAGGGGUCCUGACGCAGUUCCGGGCGGCCCUGCUGGAGGCAGGCCUGCCCGAGAGCACUGGGGACAAGUAGCCUCCAGCCUGGAGGAAGGAGCGUUGCAGCGGAAGAGGCCAGCUGCUGCCGCUCGCCCCCUCCCUGCCCGUCCCUCUGUCCCCCGUGCAAGCCCCCCUGCCCCUCCCCAAGGUGAGUGUGAUGCUGAAGUGCCAGAAGCGUCUCGAGGUGCUGCCGCCUGUCCAGGGCCCCCUGCGGGUCCCCGCCCGCCGCCGCCGGCACUUGGCCCUGUGCUGCCCCUCCCCAGCUCAGAGGGGCGUGCCCCGGGGCCCAGGCCGGCUCCCUGCAAGUCAGCAGGAGGGCGGAUGUGCCUUGCAUGAAGUGUGGGUUGCUCCAGCUGUCCCCCUGGUCCCCGUCAACCUCUCCAGUCCACCGGAGCCCCCCCACCCCAGACCUUCCUGCCGCUCCCACCACCAGCUCUCCCUGUCCCCUGGCAUCAGCACUGUCCCAAGGGAGCUGUAGCCACUGUCACCAGCCCCUGGCUCUGGCCUGGUUAGUACAUUGUAGCCCCUAGGCCUGUUGAACUUGCCCUCAGAGGCUGGGCCCAGGCUAGGCUCAGGGUUGCGCGGGGGACGGCGUGGAGGGCCAGGGGAGCCGCUGGAAACAGCUGUCCGGCCGGGGGCUGGCAGGGGCACUGGCAGCCGUGUGGGCUCAGCCCUGGAGGUCGGAGCGGCGGCACACAGCCGGGGCGCACCCCGGGGGCCACGCUGGGAGGUGGCAGAGAGCCCUUCGCUUACAGAGCCCGCGGGGCCUCCCGCCAGACAGGCCCAGAGGUUUACGCGUUUUCUAAGCUUUUGGUAAUGUGAAGCUCCAGGCUGGGGCUGCUGCCGCCCUCUGCAGCGAUGUGCUCCGGUGUAUGUAUGUAAUAUUUAAGGUUGGAAAAUAAAUCUCAAAAGCAAAGAUAGUAACUCUUAUUAGAAAAAAAAAGACAAAAAAAAGCCAAAGCAUGAUGCGUUCUGUCAGCCUUAAGCGGGCUGCACCCCGGUGCGGCGCGGGGCCGCGGGGGGCCGGCGGGGCUGGCGCUGGCGGGGCUGCUUCCCAGUGCGUGGUUGGUGUGGAUGUGAACGCCUGCGCUUCCACUGUGUAUAAAGUGCUGUGUGAUUCAGCUUUUUUUUACUUGCAUUUUUUUUUUGGUUGGCUCAUUAACAAGACAAGGUGACACCAUUAAAGCUGCCUCUGCCAUUCA